AUGAUCUUCCAGCAGUUCUUCCCCGAAUUCUAUGAGAACGAAGGAUUGAAAUCCUUCUUCUUCAUGACAUGUAGCAUGUUCCUUGUCGUCUUUGUGUGGUUUCCUUAUCCUGGAGACCAAGAAGGUCCCCUUGAGGAAAUGGAUCCCUGGAGACAAUCCGCUACCAGUGUGAACAGUGAGCAGAGCAAGAAUUCCGCCGCUGACAAGGAAAUCCGAGAUCGCAGGCCCAUUUCCAGCCUGGUCAUCCCGGGUUACAGCGAUACUUUUGCUAACGUUACACAGGGCAGGGUGGGUGAAAUUAGCAAUCACGCGAGAGGUUUGAGUUUGUUGAUGGACUUGAAGUUCGGCCAUUGA